UUCAAAUUUUUUCGGUUGUUUAUAUAUGAAUAUAGUUGUUAUAAAUGAACUGAUCUUGGGGUUGAAAAUAUGCUUAUGAGAUCUAUGUUGAAAAUGAUCUUUGGUAUGUAGUAGAUCACUGAAAUUGAAUUUCCUUAUACAUUUGUUCAUGUCCAGUCAAGACUUUAGUAACACACUCCCUUAUACGACUCAUGCUUGAGGGGUUGUGUAUAUCUGCGUUCUUUUAGAGGAUUCUAGCAAAACACUACUUUCCUUUACACAAAUCAUGCUCGAGGCCAAUGUACAUGUCCGGUCUUUUUGAUCAGGUUCUAGAGUGGGUCUGAGUCAACUCGGAUCUAGUAGAACCCGUCCUGCUUUGACUAAUUUAUCCAGGGGAGUGAAACUGGACUAAGAUAACUAACAAGUCAAAAUUGGUUAUGUCGGCCUAAGUCUGACAUAGGUCAAUAUUUGAUGAAAAUAUGAUUAAGACAUUUAUUACGGAGAGAGGAUAUCAUGAUAUGAGAUAUGGGACAAUCAAGCCUGAUUCCCAAUCAUCAUUAAGAUGCUAUAACAAUUCAGACCAAUUGCAUUGAAUGGUCUCUAAUGGACUUUCUUGUAAAUCGGGUCAGAAUUGCUAUAUAAGGAGGAGAAUGCAAGAGGAAAAGUCAUUGACAAUUCGCGAUAUUCUUUAACUGCGAUUUUGAUGAUUUCCACUAGUAGAGCUGUUAAUUGAAACAAUUUGAAAAAAUUUGCAGUUGCUGAUUUAGUUUCUGAAAAAGGGAACAUAUUGAGUCAACUUGGGUACAACAUAUGUAACUGAAGCCCUAUCAACUUAAGAAAGAGGGUUCAUCACUUGAAGAACAAUGUCCAAGUUUGGAACCUCAUUAUUGGUGCCUUCUGUACAAGAUCUUGCAAAACAAAUCAAGACACAAGUUCCAGAACAAUAUCUUCAUCCAAAUCAAGACCCUAUUGUUGUAUCAAAUGCAACUUAUUUGCAACAAGUUCCAAUCAUUGAUCUAAGUAAAUUGACAUCUGAAGAUGCAUUUGAGGUAGAGAAGCUAGAUCAUGCUUGUAAAGAAUGGGGAUUUUUCCAGCUGAUUAAUCAUGGAGUCAAACCUUCGAUAGUGGAAAAUGUGAAGAUAGGUGUUCAAGAGUUUCUAAGUCUUCCCGCGGCAGAUAAGAAGAGAUUUUGGCAAACCCCGGACGACAUAGAGGGCUUUGGUCAAUUGUUUGUUGUAUCUGAGAAUCAAAAGUUAGAAUGGGCAGAUUUAUUCUUCAUGGCAACUCUCCCUUCGUCUGCGAGGAAUCCUCGCUUAUUUCCUAAUAUUCCUCAACCAUUCAGAGAUGAUUUAGAGACCUAUUGUUUAGAGUUGAAGAAAGUUUGCCUCACAAUCAUCAAGCAUAUGGAAAAAGCUCUUAAAGUUGAACCAAAUGAAAUGCUAGAGUUGUUUGAAAAUAUAAGUCAAUCCAUGAGGAUGAAUUUCUACCCUCCUUGUCCACAACCAGAAAAUGUCAUUGGAUUGAAUCCUCAUUCUGAUGCUGAGGCCUUAACAAUCCUUCUCCAAGCCAAUGACAUUGAAGGUCUCCAAAUUAGGAAACACGGACAGUGGAUUUCUAUUACACCACUCGCCAAUGCUUUUGUCGUAAACGUUGGAGACAUUUUAGAGAUUAUGACGAAUGGAAUUUAUCGGAGUAUCGAACAUCGAGCUACAGUUAACUCAACGAAAGAGAGGAUUUCUAUUGCUGCAUUUCACAGACCCCAAUUGAGCAAAGUUAUAGGCCCAACACCAAGUCUUGUUACUCCUGAAAAGCCGGCAUUGUUCAAAACAAUUACCAUGGAAGAUUACUACAAAGCAUUCUUUUCUCGCAAGCUACUUGGAAAAUCAUGCCUUGAUGUUGUGAGAAUUCAAAAUGAGAAUAGUAAGUGAUAAACACAGUAUACGAUUAUCUGGCUUCGACAUCAACAUGUUCUGUUAUAACAGUUACACCAUAUGAGGUAUCAGAGGAACGACAAUUCAAUAAAGCAGAUUUGUAAAUAUCAUGAGAAUUGAAAAUUAUAUUCUCGAACUCGAUAGAUAAUGUGCCUCAGAAGAGUUCCUCGGCGUUGACAACAAAUACUAAUUCGUUAUAGGCGUGGUGUAAUGCAACUUAAUUAUCAUGUUGUUUUUGUUAAGUGACAAGUGAAUAUGAUUUUCAAAUCAUUACAAGGGCAUCGAUAUCUUGUGCUAAUCUUAUGUUUUCUUGAUAUUUCUUAGUAUUGUUCGAAAAUUUUCCAAGGAGUGACACGGAUUAAUUCUGUUUUCACUAAAAAAUGACUAGUCAAUUCAUUGCAGGUUGAGAUA